UACACGGUAGUCCCGCUCACGUUCGUGGAUCUCUCAGGAAUUUUAGUGUCUGAAUACGUGAUGUUUUCUCUUUUCCCGAGAGAAGCGUAGAGCAUCACACUUGAAUUUAAUCUCUGAUAUACCGAGAUGAAGGGCGAUGUGGCACACAUGCCUGGCAGUGGGCAAGCGCCAGUAACGUACAAGGCGAAACUUAGUGCCAGGUAACAUUCGGGUGGCACCGCUGCCAAAUGGAGUAUGCAGCGUGCCAUGUGCCAUAGCGCGUGUGUUUGUGUGAGGGACUUCACGAAACGCGGGAGCUGAGCGAGUGAAAUUACCAUUUCCGGUCUCGGAUCCCGGCGAAGGAAAUUCAGUGGCGGACCGAAGGCGAUCGACCGAGCUCAGGAAAGCCAGUCUCGUCCUCACGCUGACAUGAGGUUGUAAACUCUCGGUUGUGACAUGAAGUUGGGGCUUCGAGGGCCGCCAGCUGACCUGGCAUUCCUCGGAAACAGCUGCAGCGCUGGGUAACCUCACGCGCGUGAUCUGCUGUGGAUUCUGGCUCACUUUAUUUUUGAAGUGUGCCUUUCUUUCUCACGUUCACCGCUGCUGCUGCAGGUGGAAAUCCAUUCGGGUUUUGUGAUGACAUCUUCCGGAUGAAAUUCACGAGUAAUCCGUUCUGUUGAGGAGUCUGACCUACUUUUUCCGGACUGACUUCGAGAGCAAGCGAUCUGCGGAAAAAUGGAGGUCGUCUUUAAUUUACAUUUGGAGCACUGAGGAGGAGAGACGAAAGCCCAGGGAAAUCAAGGAAUUAAAGUUUUGCCACGAAGCUCCGGGCAUCCACCAUGGCCUUUGUACUCCUGCCCUGUGACCUGCCCACGUGGCCCACCAUACAGCGCCACCUCGGGUCGCUGAAGGGGGCCACGGCGCCGGCUCAGGUCACGCAGGUGCUGCACGCGCUGCACUCGCUCUGCAACGUGGCCAUCGACCCUGACCUCAACGAACCAGUCCCUCCCGACGUCUUCGCUGGCGUCGAGAAGUUCCUGGAGGUCGAGGUCGAGCAGGACUUCUUCAGCAAGACCCUUCCGGCCAUGUUGGAGGCUGCCCUUCGCCUCAAGGACCUCAAGCCUCCGCAGGGACUCAGAUACUCACUGCAGCAGCAACACGAAGAAGUGACAAUGGAGCGUGCCUUGGUGACCUCCCUCCUGGCUCACGUCUUUUUCUGCACUUUGCCGCGGCGUUCCCUCAUCUCACACCCGACGCUCUCCGACCCCUGCCUCGCCCCUACGCUGUCGACGCUGAACAGAGAAAGCCAGCGGGUGAAACUGAAAGCACUCCUACAUUACUUUAGGAAAAUAAGUGAUACAACAUCUACAGGUACUCUCACUUUCUCUAGGAAGGUCAUGAGCAGCAAGGAAUUCGUGACGUUGAAGGACUGGAUGAAAUGCGAGGCCGCCCUCUGCCCCGUCGAAAUCCAGCACGAGGGACGCCUGGAGGACACCCACCCUCCCGCCCUCCUGUCCUGCUUCACCUCGCCUGACGUGGCUCAGCCUGCGCUCUCCUCCGCGAAGUCGCAGCAAGUCUGUGCAAUGCUUAGUUACCCGGAAAUGCUAGUGUCUUCGGUUUUCGUUGAGAGGCUCGAGGACAACGAGGCUCUGCAGGUCAUGGGUGCCUUGAAGACCGCCACCGUCUCCAACUUGAAGACUCGACCCCACGUCACCUUCAGAAAUAACACGACCCCACCUGACCUGAUCCACGCCCUUAUGGAUGCAGAUGACUACCGCCAGUCAGAGGUCCUGCAGUACGAGGAGAUAAAUGUUCUCAGGGAGUUAAACAAGGCGGUGCUGGCCUUCGCUCAGCCUAUUCCCGAGGUUCCGACGAGCUCCUUCUCGGAUAUUAUUUCUGUGUCGAGGCAGAUCUCGGAGUGCAGCGCCUCUCCGCCGAGGAACUACCAAACUCCUAUAUCUUCCGGGUCGUCUUUGGACCAGCAUAAAGAAGACACGAGUUUGGAAGGAAAUAAAAAGAAACAGAGAGAAACAGAUAAAGGUCCUCCUCGUGAAAGCCAGAGACAAGGAACAGCAGUGUCUAAAGAAUACGAAAGAUCGAAACCCUUGAAAAUCGGGAAGGUGAAAAAGCGAGUGGAGAUAGUCGAGGACAACCGGGCUGUGAAAGCGAAUACCUGUGAUAUCCCUGACAGUGAUAUAGUCAGACCACCCAAGCCUAACGUAGACCAUAAGCUGAAAUCCCUCCUGACCAAAGAGAGACUCAAAAAGGAGAAAGAGCAGGUGCGAAACGCGGUCCCAGGAGGAGAAGCUAAAGGAAACGUGAGCGAGCAGGACUUCACGGGUAGUCCUCCGUCAGCGGGCUUCGUGACGGCUCCGACGACGCUGAAGAGACGCCCCAGAAGAAAGAAGGAUGUCGGUUCCAAGGGCUGUGACGACGCGAUGCCCCAGAUGACCGUCCAGGCAGAGAGGGUGACCUUUGCGGGGGCGCAGUGUCGCAAGCCGCCCACGGAGGAGCUGCCAAAUAACUGGGAGGAAUCAGACGAAGAGGAAGAAGAAACUACGAGAUUGCUGAACAGGGUGAUGCGCGCCAUUCAGCGGUUGGAGCAGGAACGCCCGGAUUUGGUCGAGGAAGUGAAGCAGGAUGCGCAGCAGAGCUUGAGUUCUAAGUCGCUUCCUAAGUCAUUGGGCAAACCACCGAUCCCAGAAGGACGACCUCGACCUCUCAUUGAAAAAGACAGGAAAGACCGAAGCCAAGUAGGAGAGGUUUCGGACAGAGCCAAGCGUCGCGUGGGCGUUUCGGGAGACGGGAGAAAGCUGUCUAUUUACGUCUCCUGUUCUGAGGAAAUGCCUGCCGAGUCUAUUCCGGACGAGGACCAUUAUUUCAGCGCCUGCGAGAGUCUGGAUGGAGUCGAGGCCCCGAGGCCACGACGCCCCUCGAGGAAAAAGGAGAAGAAGGGAAGGAGAAAAUCGUCCUUCGCCGAGAGACUGAAGGAGGCGCUGGCGAGGGAACCGAGUCUGGACUCCUAUCAGACUCAGGAGAAUAUUCCGAACGAGGAGGACGACCCGCUGAUGAAACUAUCAAGACAAGAAUCUGCAGGAUUUGUCCUCGACUCCAGCCCUCGCCAUCGACUCAUUCGGAAGACGGAGAAAGAGGAAGAAAAAUGCGGUUCUGAUAUUUCCGAGGAGGAUUUUGAGGAUCAGGAAGAGGAGGAGGAGGUUCCGGGCAGAGGACACGAAGGAUCGGAUUCUUCUCGUUAUUCCUUCAGCUCGGAUUAUACGUCCGAACUGGAAGAUGUCUAUGAAAAAUUAGGGGAAGUUCUAGAAGAAUCUGAAGGAGGGAAUCUUGGGCCUCGAACAGCAGCCAUCGCGCGAUUUGCUCAUGGCUUGCUCAAGCGCGCCCUUAGUGAAUCAUACAAAGACGUGACUCUUGGGUUGGACGGGUCAGCUGUGAAGGACCCCGAGAGUGGCACGAGUGGUCCUUUACCCAUACGAUCCCUCAGCUUCUCCGAACCCCGUCCUCCAGCUGGGAAAAGGGUUCGACCGCCAACGCUAAACACGCUGAAGAGCAAUCUCGGAAAACCUGUUGUGACGGGGAACUGGGGUUGUGGUUCCCUCAGGGGCGAUCACCAGCUAAAAGCUAUGAUCCAGUGGGCGGCUGCUAGCAAAGCACGGGCGCCGAAGAUGGUAUAUUACACUUAUGGUGACCAGAAUACUGUGAAGUUGGAUAUCGUUUGCCGGCUGUUAGGGGACAGAGGCUGGCGUGUGGGAGAUUUAGUGUCGACGUUGCUUCGGUACAGUGAAUCACGUCUCGAUUCUUGGAGACGAUCGAGGGAGACGGAACUCACGGAAUCAGCUGAUUCUUCACUGCCAGAAUCCCUCAGAUACAGAGGACCUUCCUUGGACUCCCUCACCCUCUUUGACGAGUUGAUAGGAGCGGACCGUCCAUUCACCACGAUGGAGACGGAGCUAUGAUCAAGUUUUCAGUCUCUAACAACACCCAGUUCCUGUUGUGCCUUUUUUGCUAAACGGUUCAUUUGAUAUCAGCUGUUCACACUAUAUAAAAACAGAGAUAGAUUUUUAGGUUUUGAAUUUUUCGAUGGGUCAUGUCAUAAGGAUACAUCUUGAGGAAGUCUAGGAGGUUUUGUCCAAAAAAUGAAAUUUGACGUUAUUUGUUUAUGUCGAGAAACUUGUACCAUAUGGUGUGCUACCUGUAAUGAAAGACUAUUUACACCUCUCUUCUUUUCAUAGCAACAUUGUGUGACUUCAGUGUGUUUCUAAAGAGUCACACAUAUAACGGUUUUUGGCAUUGUUUCAUGAAUUUAUAAUCUGAAAAAAGGGUGAUGUACCCAAUAAUUUUUCGUCCAUAUUUUGUUGUCUGUCUUUCCUACAAUAGGCUUUCUCACGAAUAUGUAUUUCAAAGUCAGUGGUGAGUGAAAAAAUAGUCAAUUUUUACCGUGUGAUGGUUUAUAUAGAUACAGGACA